AUGGGAAGGGGAAGAGUAGAGCUCAAGAGGAUAGAGAACAAAAUCAACCGACAAGUAACGUUUGCAAAACGUAGGAACGGUUUGUUGAAGAAAGCUUAUGAAUUGUCUGUUCUUUGUGAUGCUGAGGUGGCUCUCAUCAUCUUCUCCAACCGUGGCAAGCUCUAUGAGUUUUGCAGCUCCUCAAGCAUGAUCAAGACACUGGAACGGUACCAGAAAUGUAGUUAUGGUUCAAUUGAAGUCAACAACAAACCUGCCAAAGAACUUGAGAAUAGCUACAGAGAGUACCUGAAGCUUAAGGGUAGGUAUGAGAGUCUUCAGCGCCAACAAAGGAAUCUUCUUGGGGAGGAUUUAGGACCUCUAAACUCAAAGGAACUAGAGCAGCUUGAGCGUCAACUAGAUGGCUCUCUCAAGCAAGUUCGCUCCAUCAAGACACAAUACAUGCUUGAUCAGCUCUCUGAUCUUCAAAGCAAAGAGCAAAUGUUGCUUGAAACCAAUAGAGCUUUGGCAAUGAAGCUGGAUGAUAUGAUUGGUGUGAGAAGUCAUCAUAUGGGAGGAGGAUGGGAAGGCAAUGAACAGAAUGUUUCGUACGAGCAUCAUCAAGGUCAGCCUCAAGGACUAUUCCAGCCUCUUCAGUGCAAUCCUACUCUGCAGAUGGGGUAUGACAAUCCAGUAUGCUCGGAGCAGAUGACUGCAACAACACAAGCUCAGGCGCAGCCAGGAAACGGUUACAUCCCAGGCUGGAUGCUCUGA